CCUGUCAGACCCAUUCGGCGCUGGGACAGAACGCGCUGACUCGGUUUCUCUGCUGGUAAAGCACAGGGUGCCACCAUAGACAUGUCUAUGGGUGCCACGGCUCAAUCAGAUUAUUGGGUAAAAUGGAUUGUGACGUCAGGGUUUAGGAAGCGUCGCGUUGACUUCAUGCAAAGCAGACGAGCGCUUCACCCGGACGCGAGCAGACCGAGCCGUUCUCCUCCAGCUGACCGACGCCGGCAUGAGUCCACCGACACCAACCUGAAGGACAAACACAGCAGAAUGGCCGCGUAUCUGGAGAUAGCUGACGACAGCAAAGGGCACGAACUGAGUCUCUUCUGUGUGCCGAAACACUACGAGGAGGAUUUGGACAGUGUCAUUAUACCCAAUGGCCUCAUUAAGGACAGGACUGAAAGGUUGGCCAGAGAUAUCGUUCGGGACAUGGGCGGGCAUCACAUCGUGGCCCUUUGCGUUCUGAAAGGAGGGUACAAGUUCUUUGCGGACCUGAUGGAUUACAUCAAGACGCUGAAUCGAAACAUUGAUAAGUCUGUGCCACUGACUGUGGAUUUCAUCAGGCUAAAGAGCUACUCGAAUGACCAGUCUACAAACUGUGUAAAGGUUAUUGGUGGAGAUGAAUUAUCUGCCCUUACUGGCAAAAAUGUGCUCAUAGUUGAGGACAUUGUAGAAACAGGCAGAACUAUGGAAACACUGCUCAAACUAUUAAAUGAAUGUCAUCCUAAAAUGGUGAAGGUUGUCAGUUUACUUGUGAAAAGGACACCCAGGAGCUCAGGAUAUCGUCCAGACUAUAUUGGAUUUGAAGUCCCUGAUAAGUUCCUAGUGGGUUAUGCUUUAGACUACAAUGAAUAUUUCAGGGAUUUGAGUCAUAUCUGUAUAUUAAGUGACAGCGCGAAAGAGAAAUAUAAAGUAUGAUAUGACACCCAAGUGCUGGAUGCAUGAAGACAAAGAUCACUGUGAACUUUUUUUUGUUUGUUUUGUUAUUGUGAAAUUAUUUUUCUACAUGCCAUCUGAAAUGAUUAAUGAAC